CGGUUCUGUAUAGGCCACACCUACCAUCGCAUUAGAAUCAUGAAAAUUACAGUAAAGACUCUCCAGCAGAAGGUCUUCACGAUCGACGCCGAGCCCUCAAACUCGGUGCAGGAAUUGAAGGAGAAGAUAUCGAAGGAGCAAGGUCAUGAUGUCUCGAGUCAGAAGCUUAUCUACUCUGGCAAGGUGCUCGCAGAUACCAAGUCCGUGGCCGAGUGCGAGAUCAAAGAGAAGGACUUCCUCGUUCUGAUGGUUGCAAAGCCCAAACCAUCGUUUGCUCCUCCCCCAGCGCCAGUGGCUGCCCCUGCUCCCGCAGCCCAGCCCGAAGCACCCUCUGCCCCAUCCCCUGCUCCCGCACCCUCCGCUCCCGCUCCCGCCGAUGCACCUGCUGUACCAUCAGCACCUUCACCCGCACCGGCUGCUGCGCCUACCGGAGGAGAUGCGCCCACACAACCGAGCAAUAAUGACGGUUUCCUCACGGGUGCUGCCUUAAACGCCACCGUCCAAAAUAUCAUGGAGAUGGGCUUCGAGCGCGAGCAAGUUCAGCGCGCGCUUCGUGCAAGUUAUAACAACCCUGAGCGCGCUGUCGAGUACUUGUUCAACGGUAUUCCUGCAAACAUCGAAGCCGAGCAAGCCCAGGCCGCUGCUGCUCGCUCAUCACCACCCGCGGCUCAGGGUGGCCAAGCUGCUGCUCCUGCUGCGCAGCCAGCAGCUCAGCAGCCCGCGGCCCCAGCCCCACAAUCUAGCGCUCCCCAGAAUCUCUUUCAGCUCGCCCAACAACAGCAACAAGGCGGAGGCGGCGGCGGUGGAUUGCGCGGUGGCCCUGGCGCUGGUGGCCUCAGCGGUCUCGGAGGUGCGGCUGGAUUGGGAGGCUUGGGAGGCUUGGGAGGCGCCGCGGGUGGUGAGGAGGGCGCCGCGGUCGAUAUCGAGGCUCUGCGGAACCACCCGCAGAUCCAACAGUUGCGCGAACUCGUGCAGUCGAAUCCGGGCCUGAUCCAGCCGCUGGUACAGCAGCUCGCAGCGCAGAACCCGGAGCUCGCACAGGCGUUCAUGCAAAACCCGUUCGCUCUUGCGAAUAUUCUCGGGGUUGACGACGAGGAGGGUCUCGCCGGUAUGGAGGGUGGCGGGGAUCUCCCGCCCGGUGCACAUGUUGUGCAAGUUACGCCGGAGGAGAGGGCCGCCAUUGAGCGGCUGGAAGGCCUCGGUUUCCCAAGGCAGGCCGCCAUCGAGGCCUACUUCGCCUGCGACAAGAAUGAGGAGCUUGCCGCCAACUACCUCUUCGAGGGCGGCUUUGACGAUGACCAGGGGCACGAGUAGAGCCUACGUGCCCUACAGACGGUUGCCCUUCAUAUGCGCAUAUAUGCUUACUGUGUAUAUGCGAGCCAUAGUCCGGAAAAUGCAGUGUGUUAACGAAGUCAUUUCACCCCAAUCUGUUCUUGUAUUCGUAGCGAACUAAUGCGACUCCAUUCGUUAUGAUCUUUGAGCGAGC